AUGACCCGAGCUAGUCUAAAAAACCGGCAUUUCAACGCCUCUUCUGCAGAAAAGAUGGGCCAAGACAGCGUCGCGAAAGGACUCGCCGCCGGCCCCAGUCCUGCCCAGUCGACCUUGAAUGGGUCUUUGUCAGUCGAGCCGCUUGAGGUACAGGACGCUGGUCCUUCGAGCAUGCAACCGCCUUCUCGGAUGCGCGAGGGUCAAGCAGGGCUGACACCUUCUUGCACAGUCCGUGGACGAAAUGCAAAAACGGCCAACGUGAAACCGCGACUCCUUUUGUACGUCCGCAAGAGGAGCGAGUCGUGGAAGCCUCCAGCCACGAGAAAGUGGCCCAUUUGGCCAAUGCUGCCGACCAGUUCGGCAGUUGCAAGACACUCAAUUGGAGCGUUGGGUUGA